AUGUCUGACUGUUCCGAUCAACUAUCAUCGCCAAAUAGCGAUUGUAAUAGUCAAAUGGGAAUGGUUCAUCGAAAUUUGGGCUCGAUUGGACAGUUCGGCGGUUCCCCGAUGUCAGGAUUGACAAUCAGUCAUCAUCCCCAUUCGCAAAAUCUGACUCCGACGUCCAACGGAAGUCCCAGGUAUUCGCAGGAACUCACUACGUGCAAUUCCGGUAGUUUGUCUUCGAAUUUAGCAAAUUCGGGUCCUAUCAGCCUGGGAGGAAAUAGCAGUGGCUCCAGUUUUACGGAGGAGCAGAUUUCUUGUUUGUGCAAAAGCAUGAUCCAGAAAAAGGAUAUGACAAAUUUGGAAAGGUUUCUGUACACUUUGCAACCUUAUCAAUUGGUUCGAGGGGAGAGUGUAUUAAUGGCGAGAGCGGAGGUUGCAUUUCACAACCAUGCUUACACGGAUGUUUACAACAUUCUCGAGAGGAAUCACUUCUCCCAAGACAACCACCAGCAUCUUCAGCAAAUGUGGUUUAAGUCCCAUUACAUGGAAGCCGAAAAAAUUCGAGGUAGAAAAUUAGGAGCAGUUGACAAAUACAGAUUGCGGAAAAAGCAUCCCCUGCCACGGUCCAUUUGGGACGGAGAGGAAACAGUCUACUGCUUUAAGGAACGCUCCAGAAACGCCCUGAAAGAAUGUUAUCUCAAAAAUAGGUACCCAACGCCUGAUGAAAAGAAGAGUUUAGCCAAGAAAACCGGACUUACGCUCACCCAGGUGUCCAACUGGUUUAAGAAUCGACGACAGCGAGAUCGCACCCCUCAGACAAGAUCGGACAUGAUGCCCUUGAAUUGUCAGAGCACAGUGAAUGGAAAUUUGAACGGGUCUGUCAGCAGCAGUACUGGUCAUCAAUCCAUGCAAAAUUUGGAUUCGGGGAGUCCAAAUUUGGCAAUGUCUCCACUCUCAACAAUGGGGUUGUCUCCUGUAGGAAUGAACCCUUGUAGUCCAAUGGUAAUGAGUCCCAUGGGGCCUCAUCAUCAUGGCUAUGCGACUCCGGUGACUCCAUCCCCUGUUCAUUCCUCACAUCCUCACAACGGAGCCCUAAGUCCCAUGAAUGACGUUAAGGCACUUUGUUAUGGUCGCGCCGUUUACGAUGGCGGUAAAGAUAUGGAUCAAAGCCCAGUCUACUACUCGAGUCAUUCGAGCAUGUCCCAUCAUCAGUAUUACCAACAAACACACCAUCAGAUGAUGGGUUCUCACCAUCAUCAUCAGCAAGGAAUGUCAUCAGGAUAUGAGAUUAUGCUUCCCCCGCCCCAGCACACCAUGUGA